CUCCCCACAGUCCCCACACAACCCCGCGUCUUGGAAAGGGCCGGAGAUCGGAGACGCGAAGGCAGCGAGCAAGCAACCGAAGGCCGAAGCCGUCCACCCCCGCGCCGGCGCUAUGGACCGCGCGCAGCUCCUCCUCGUCGGCCUCCCGGCCCUGCUCUUCUUCUCGGACCUCACCCACAUCUUCGCGCCGCCGCCUCCCCACCUCCGCCACCCCCCCAUCCCCAUCCCCACCCGCCGCACCACCACCCACACCCGCCGCACCACCAUCACCACCCCGACCCCGCCGCGGCAGCCAUAGAGGAGCCACGCGUCGAUGGGGCUGGAUUCGGCGCUACAGUCGAGCUGCAGUUCUGCGCCUCCUGCUCCUACAGGGGAACUGCAAUGACCAUGAAGCGCAUGCUGGAAACCUCAUUUCCUGGCAUCCAUGUUAUCUUGCAUAAUUAUCCUCCACCCUUCCCCAAGCGUGUACUUAGCAAAGCUAUCCCAAUUGUUCAAGUUGGAGCCGUUGCAACAAUAAUGGCUGGUGACCAGAUUUUCCCCAGACUUGGAAUGGUUCCACCUCCAUGGUACUACUCGCUACGUGCCAAUAGAUUUGGAACUAUGGCGACAAUAUGGCUAUUUGGCAAUUUUGCUCAGUCCUUCCUACAAAGCUCUGGCGCCUUUGAAGUUUACUGCAAUGGAGAGCUGGUAUUCUCAAAAUUGACUGAGCAGAGGUUCCCAAGUGAGUUUGAGCUGCGUGAUCUCAUCGGCAGCAGAUUGCCCGAGUCGCCAUUUGGGAGGAAUCUGGGGAAAACAUUUACUUGAUGAUCCCAGAAAUCAAAACUCAGAAUGCCACAUUUUCGUCUGUUGCUAUUUAGGUAGAGUAGAUGGUAACUUUCAGAAUUCAGUUGUUGAUCUAUUGAAGCUGCACAGCUUUUCUGUAAACACAACUUCCGGAUGUAUGGCUAUAAUGGGUCGCCUGAGUACCUGACACACGAUGAUCAACCGUUAUGAAACAUACAUAUGCCGCUGGAAUAUUGGGGGGCAUUAUGAUCGCCUGAUAACUUCUGGGACAUUUGUAAUAUGCUGGAGUGUGACCUUUUCAUG